CAACAAAACGGAGUUCUAACUCUUCUCGUAAGAGUCGUAAACCAAAUGUUUACUUUUAAUGAUUAACCUUUAUCAAUGUAUUAAAUAAUAAAUUAUAAUCAAAUUACCCAUUAACUAAUUUUUUUGCUUUCUAUUCCUAAUGGCAAAUGUUAAAGAGAAGACAGACGGUAUAAAAUACUUUUGGAAAGAUAAUCUUAUAAAGAGUAAAGUUCAAGAGAGAUUUAAUCUGCUUUUACUUGAACCAGGAGAAAUUUAUUUUGAAGAUUUUAGUGCGUACUAUUAUUCUUCAAAACUUACAGAAGAUGAAGCAAACCAAAAAAAACAAAAGGGUCGCAUAAAGAUUUGUUCAAAAUCUGUUUUGUUUGAUCCUUUGGAUCUCAGUUUUCCUUUGCUUAAGUUUUUGUACAAAGAUUGUAUAAAGAUACAAAAAUCAACAGGACAGCAAUUUUGGAGGCUUGAGCAAAAGGAUUUUCUUCAAAUUGAAUCUAAUGUUUGUAUUCAAUUGAAAGAAAGUAAUAUACUUGCACCUUACAAAUAUAUUAGAGAGCCUGCGAGUUAUUACUUUUCAUUAAAUUUUGUGAAUAUGAACUCUGUCCUACCCAAAAUUGAACAGCUUAUACGUGCACAUACAUUGAAUAUACAUACAGCUGAUGAAAUGAUAAAAACAAUUGUUGAAGCAAGACAAGCAAUGAUAAAGUUUGAUAAAAGCUGGGUGGAAGAUUUGUAUGAAAAUAUUAUUUAUGAAACAACUGCCUCAAAAAUAACACCACUUGUUUGUAACCCUGGCAAGCUUCUUCUUACAUCAAAGCAGUUGUACUACCAACCAUUUAAUAAUGUUGAACCGAAUCCAGUAAUGAAAAUAAAGCUAGGGAGCAUACACAAUAUCGUUAAACGAAGGUAUCUGCAGCAACAAGUGGGUUUAGAAAUUGUAUUAGAAAAAGAAUAUAAUGAUGUGUACUUUGUGUUCCAAAAUCAGGAAAGCAGAGAUUAUAUGUUUCUUCAGUUAUCAAUGCAAGAUGAGUUAAAAACAAAGGAUGAUGUAAAAGAAAAUAUGGCUAUGAAAUGGCAAAAUGGAGUUAUUUCAAAUUUUGACUAUCUAAUCUAUUUAAAUAGUAUUGCUGAUAGAAGUUUUAAUGAUCUUACUCAAUAUCCUGUAUUUCCGUGGAUUAUAAAAGACUAUAAAAGUUCGAUUCUUGAUCUUCAUAAUCCAGAUACAUUUAGAGAUCUAACUAAACCUGUUGGUGCACUUGAUGAAGCAAGGCUGUCUCAGUUAAAACAACGAAUGGAAGGCAUGCCAGAGCCUAAGUUUUUGUAUGGUUCUCACUACUCUUCCCCAGGAUUUGUUUUAUAUUAUCUUGUGAGAGCUGCAUCACAAACUCAACUGAGCGCUAUUGCUUGGAGUCUCAAAUUCUAGAGUUUGGUCAAACUCCAAAACAACUUUUUACAAAACCGCAUCCAAGAAGACAGCCAAUUCCUAUUCCACUUCAUUUGGUUAAUGUUGACAAAGUUGCUUUAUUUGAUUCUCCUGAUCACUUUACUUUCAAUGAUCAGAAUGAUGGAAGAAAUCAAGAUAUUUGCCCUAAUUUACCAUUAAUAAAUUGGUACAAAAAGUUAAAAUUAAAGGUUGUUAUGAAACUCCAUAAAGACUGUGUUUUAGGAGUUGAUUUAUCUGACGAUGCUCAAAUUAUAUACUCAGUAUCUCAAGAUUGUCAACUAAAAGUCUAUUCUAUAAAUGAUAAUAUUCAAACUCGAAGCAUCAACUUGUCAUCAAUGGCUUUGUCAUGUUGUCAAUUAAUAGAUGACCAAAAGUAUUUACUCAUAGGAUCUUGGGAUGCCCAAAUUUAUAUUUAUUCAACAGAAUACUCAAGAGUUGUUGAUACAAAACGUGCUCAUCAUGAUGCUAUAAGCAGUUUAUGUUAUAAAAACAAUAAGUUAGUGACAUCUUCUUGGGAUGCAACAGUAAAAGUGUGGUCAUAUGAAUUUGUGAAUAAAAAAUCUACAAUUACUCUCAUUUCUGAAAUUGAUCAUGAUACUGAAGUUUCGACAUGUGAUUAUUUUGAGGAUUCCAAUGGCUCAAAGGUUGUUACUGGAACUAAAGAUGGACAUGUGCUUAUAUGGAACAUUGAUUUGCAAAUUCCGACUAGUCAACUAAACCUGCAUGCCAGCAAUGUAACAAAAGUAAUAUUUAGUCCUAAUGGUUCCCAGGUUUUAAGUAGCAGCUUGGAUGGAUAUUUAAAAAUUGUUGACUCCUGUACAGAACUUCAAGUUUAUGUAAAAGAUGUUGCUCAACCAAUUACAAACGCGUUUUGGGAUGGCUCCGUCGUUAUAGCCACAUGUCAAACUGGCAACAUCCUUAUAUUCGAUAUUAUCAAUGAUAUUUGUAUAUCAAAUCUAACUUCGAAUGCAGGUGCGAUUGAUUCUCUAGCUGUUAACGUGAAAAUGAAUAAAUUGAUCACAGGUCACAACGAUGGGAGCAUAUCGGUAUGGAUUGUAGAUGAUGAAUGAGAUUAUAACAUUCUAGCUGAAUGAAAUGAAUAAAUUUUUCGAUGUUAUUCUGAGAAGUUAACAUUACCACUGAUUGUUUUUAAUUGCUGCCUCGUCGCUAAUCAAGUGAUGAAGUAGCACAUCAAGUAAAGAGUUGCGUGGUUUUUGAUAACAAUUUUUUUAUAAACGAUUUAACUAAACUGAAAAUUUUUUUUAAGAAA